AUGCAGAAGGGGAUCCGGCUCAACGACGGCCACGUCGCGUCCCUGGGGCUGCUGGCGCGGAAGGACGGCACGCGCAAGGGCUACCUGAGCAAGCGCAGCUCCGACAACACGAAAUGGCAAACCAAGUGGUUCGCGCUGCUGCAGAACCUGCUCUUCUACUUCGAGAGCGACUCGAGCUCGCGGCCCUCCGGCCUCUACCUGCUGGAGGGCUGCGUGUGCGACCGCGCGCCCUCGCCCAAGCCCGCGCCCUCCGCCAAGGAGCCGCUGGAGAAGCAGCAGCAUUACUUCACCGUGAACUUCAGCCAUGAGAACCAGAAGGCCUUGGAGCUGAGGACAGAGGAUGCCAAGGACUGUGACGAGUGGGUGGCGGCCAUCGCGCACGCCAGCUAUAGAACACUGGCCACGGAGCAUGAGGCCCUCAUGCAGAAGUACCUGCACCUGCUGCAGAUUGUGGAGACGGAGAAGACGGUGGCCAAGCAGCUGCGGCAGCAGAUCGAGGAUGGCGACAUCGAGAUUGAACGGCUGAAGGCAGAGAUCACAAUUGCGUCGCUGCUCAAGGACAAUGAACGCAUCCAGUCCACCCAGACUGCUGCCCCCAGUGACGAAGACACUGACAUCAAGAAGAUCAAGAAGGUGCAGAGCUUCCUGCGCGGCUGGCUGUGCCGCCGCAAGUGGAAGACCAUCAUUCAGGACUACAUCCGGUCGCCCCACGCCGACAGCAUGCGCAAGCGCAACCAGGUGGUGUUCAGCAUGCUGGAGGCCGAGGCCGAGUACGUGCAGCAGCUGCACAUCCUGGUCAACAACUUCCUGCGCCCGCUGCGCAUGGCCGCCAGCUCCAAGAAGCCGCCCAUCACACACGACGACGUCAGCAGCAUCUUCCUCAACAGCGAGACAAUCAUGUUUUUGCAUCAGAUCUUUUACCAAGGCCUGAAGGCCCGAAUCUCCAGCUGGCCCACGCUGGUCCUGGCGGAUCUGUUCGACAUCCUGCUGCCCAUGCUGAACAUCUAUCAGGAGUUCGUGCGUAACCACCAGUACAGCUUGCAGAUCCUGGCGCACUGCAAGCAGAACCGCGACUUUGACAAGCUGCUGAAGCAGUACGAGGCCAAGCCCGACUGCGAGGAGAGGACACUGGAGACCUUCCUCACCUACCCCAUGUUCCAGAUCCCCAGGUACAUUCUCACUCUCCACGAACUUCUGGCCCACACGCCCCACGAACACGUGGAACGAAACAGCCUUGACUAUGCCAAGUCGAAAUUGGAGGAGCUGUCCAGGAUCAUGCACGAUGAGGUCAGUGAGACAGAGAACAUCCGGAAGAACCUGGCUAUCGAGCGCAUGAUCAUCGAGGGCUGUGAGAUCCUCCUGGACACCAGUCAGACCUUCGUGAGACAAGGGUCCCUCAUCCAGGUGCCCAUGUCGGAAAAGGGCAAGAUCACCAGGGGGCGCCUGGGGUCCCUGUCACUCAAGAAGGAGGGCGAGCGGCAGUGCUUCCUCUUCUCCAAACAUCUCAUCAUCUGCACCAGAGGCUCCGGAGGGAAGCUCCACCUGACCAAGAAUGGAGUCAUAUCCCUCAUUGACUGCACCUUGCUGGAAGACGCAGAGGGCACAGACGAGGAAGCCAAAGGAUCCGGCCAGGACAUUGAGCACUUGGAUUUUAAGAUCGGGGUGGAGCCAAAGGAAUCCCCGCCCUUCACCGUCAUCCUGGUGGCUUCUUCCAGACAAGAGAAGGCAGCAUGGACAAGUGACAUCAGCCAGUGUGUGGACAACAUCCGAUGUAAUGGGCUCAUGAUGAAUGCAUUUGAAGAAAACUCCAAGGUCACCGUCCCACAGAUGAUCAAGUCGGAUGCCUCGUUGUAUUGCGACGACGUGGACAUUCGCUUCAGCAAGACCAUGAACUCGUGCAAAGUCCUGCAGAUUCGCUACGCCAGUGUGGAGCGGCUGCUGGAGCGGCUGACCGACCUCCGCUUCCUCAGCAUCGACUUCCUCAACACCUUCCUGCACUCCUACCGCGUCUUCACCACGGCCGUGGUGGUGCUGGACAAGCUCAUCACCAUCUACAGGAAGCCCAUCAGCGCCAUCCCUGCCAGGUCUCUGGAGCUGCUGUUUGCCAGCGGCCAAAACAACAAGCUGCUGUACGGCGAGCCCCCCAAGUCGCCCCGCGCCACCCGCAAGUUCUCCUCACCCCCGCCCCUGGCCAUCAGCACCUCGUCGCCCAGCCGCCGCCGGCGAAAGCUGUCCCUCAACAUCCCCAUCAUCACGGGCGGCAAGGCGCUGGACCUGGCCGCCCUCAGCUGCAGCUCCAACGGCUACACCAGCAUGUACUCCGCCAUGUCGCCCUUCGGCAAGGCCACGCUGGACACCAGCAAGCUCUACGUGGCCAGCAGCUUCGCCAACAAGAUCCCAGACGAGGGCGACGCAGGCCCGGAGAAGCCGGAGGAGCCCUUGCCCUUCUGCAAGCAGAACUCCGAAGUCUCUGUGAGGGAAGAGUCAGACGGCGACCAGAACCAGAGCGAUGAAGGUGACGCCGAGACAUCGCCAACUAAGUCUCCCACGACACCCAAAUCCAUCAAAAGCAAAAGCUCUUCAGAGUUCCCCCUCUUUUCCUACAACAAUGGGGUAGUGAUGACCUCGUGUCGGGAGCUGGACAGCAACCGCAGCGCCCUCUCCGCUGCCUCUGCUUUCGCCAUAGCCACCGCGGGAGCCAACGAGGGCACCCCGAACAAGGAGAAGUACCGCCGGGUGUCGCUGGCCAGCACAGGCUUUCCCCCUGACCAGCGCAAUGGGGACAAGGAGUUCGUGAUCCGCCGGGCAGCCACGAACCGCGUGCUCAAUGUGCUGCGACACUGGGCCUCCAAGCACUCGCAGGACUUUGAAACCAAUGAGGAGCUCAAGUGUAAGGUGAUCGGCUUCCUGGAAGAAGUCAUGCAUGAUCCCGAACUCCUGACCCAGGAGCGGAAGGCAGCGGCCAACAUCAUCAGGACUCUGACACAGGAGGAGCCAGGGGACAACCAGAUCACAUUGGAGGAGAUCACACAGAUGGCCGAGGGCGUGAAGGCCGAGCCUUUUGAAAACCACUCAGCCCUGGAGAUCGCAGAGCAGCUGACACUGCUGGACCACCUGGUCUUCAAGAAGAUUCCGUACGAGGAGUUUUUCGGCCAGGGAUGGAUGAAGCUGGAGAAGAACGAGCGGACGCCUUACAUCAUGAAAACCACCAAGCACUUCAAUGAUAUCAGUAACUUGAUCGCAUCCGAAAUCGUCCGCAGCGAAGACAUCACGGCCAGGGUGAACACCAUCGAGAAGUGGGUGGCUGUGGCUGACAUUUGUCGCUGCUUGCACAACUAUAACGCCGUGCUGGAGAUCACCUCCUCCAUGAACCGCAGUGCCGUUUUCCGGCUCAAGAAGACGUGGCUCAAAGUCUCCAAGCAGACAAAAGCUUUGAUUGAUAAGCUCCAAAAGCUUGUAUCGUCGGAGGGCAGAUUUAAGAAUCUCAGAGAAGCCCUGAAAAAUUGUGACCCACCCUGCGUCCCUUACCUGGGCAUGUACCUCACCGACCUGGCCUUCAUCGAGGAGGGGACACCCAACUAUACCGGGGACGGCCUGGUCAACUUCUCCAAGAUGAGGAUGAUAUCCCACAUCAUCCGGGAGAUUCGCCAGUUCCAGCAAACUGCAUACAAAAUAGAGCACCAGGCCAAGGUAACCCAGUAUUUGCUGGACCAGUCAGUGGUCUUGGAUGAAGAAAGUCUGUACGAAUCUUCUCUCCGCCUGGAACCCAAGCUCCCGACCUGAGGCUGCGCGAGGCCGCUCAAGAACACUUGCUCGCUGCUCUGCGCUGUACAUACUCGUCCUCCGGUGUCUCGGGCUCGCCUCCAAGUCUCUGCUUCUUCAAGACUUCAUUCUAUCCUGCU